AUGGAAGUCGGGUUUGUAUGUUUGGAGAUGAGAUUAGAUGAUUGGAGACAGAGUUUAUUUAAGAGACAUAUUAGGAAAUUUUAUGGUCGUUAUAGCGAAAAAUAUUACUAUCUGUUAGUAGUGGAGGUUUAUAAAAUAUUAGGGAGAAAGAGAUUUAAGCCUUAUGACAUGGAGUCUGAAUAUGAUGAUGGUGAUAUGGUCAAAAGUAAAGAUGAAGUUUGUUGCUGUUGUCUAAAAUCCUCUAAGGGCAAAAACUGUUUGAGAUUAAACGGAAAAAAGUGUUCAGUGGCCAAGACUGGAGAGAAAAUACAGAAGUUAUUUGGAUUGACUGACACUGGCAGUAGAAAGAAAUAUUUGAAUCUAACCCUAAAAAAUGCUUUAAUUUGUAGAGGUUGUUUGAUUAAGUUAGACAAAUUUGAGGAAUUUACAUCUUCCCUUAGAUUGUCCACAGAUACAUUCUUAGGUGAUUCUAAACAAGAUGAUGCCAAAAGAAUCAGAGCUGCUCCGAAAUUAGCUCGUGGCAAUAGAGAUGAUAACUGUACAAAUACAACAUGUGUGAACAUUAAAGCAAAGUACCUCAAUCUACAUAGCAAAGUUUUUGAAUUAGAAGAUAUGGUACAUACCAGUCAGAUAAAACUAUCAGAUGAAGAACUACUUAAAAGUUUCUUUCAAAUUACUGCCAAGCUAUUUGGUAAAAAACUGUACAGUGAUAUAGAUGUUUAUCUAGAAGGUGGUCAUGUUAUACAUGGACAUAAAAUAAUAUUAUCAAUUCAUAGUUUAGAUUGGGGCAUUGAUGGUUUUGAUAAUUCUGAUGAAUUAUAUUUAACAGAUGUCAAGUUUGAUGUAGGGUUUGCUAUAUUAAAAUGUAUAUAUACAGAUAAAUUAGAUAUAGACAAGCUAAUUGAUUCAGAUUUAUUAGAGUUGUAUGGUGCAUGUUCACGAUAUAAAUUAUCUAUUCUUUUUAAAAGGACAGAAGAAGUUUUAAGAUGUAAACUUAAAGAAGACAAUGUUGAAAUGAUUUAUAAAUAUGCUGUAGACAAAAAAUUUGAUAAAUUAAUUAAUUAUUGUAAAGCCUUUAAACAGACACAUGAUAUGAAUGUAGAAGAUGAUCAAGACAUCAAAGUAGAACCUGAUUCAGAUGAAGAAUCCCAAUCUUCUGUUUCCAUAACAACUAAUAAAUCUUCUGUAGACCAUUCAUCUAUAGUGGAUUCCAAUAGACAAAUAAGGAUAGUACUUAACAAAAUAGAUAGCUCACAUCUAGAACCAGGGAUUGAUUGUAAAUCAACAGAAAGUGAGUUAGUAGAUAAAGAUCUUGAGGAUUCAGAUGUUUCAAUUAAACAGGAGAAUGAGAGUGAAGUUGAAGGAGAAAAUAAUGAUGAUAUUGAUGAUGUACUGGAAAAUGAUGAUGAUGAUGAUCCUAUGAAUGAUAUUGAUGAUGAUGGAAGUAAUACUGAUAAGAAUGAUGAUGAGUACUCGGCAAGUGGUCACGUGCAUACUAAA